AAUGACACCUAACACCCACUGUUUUGUCACAAACACCACCUUUGCUUGGUUCUUGAGUGCUGAAUCAAGGUAAGAAAGAGGGCUAAAAUAAAGAAAACCCUUUUCUUGUUGCAGAGUUGUCCAUGGCAGAGAACAAGGAGGAGGAUGUUAGGCUUGGAGCCAACAAGUUCACAGAGAGGCAGCCUUUGGGUACAGCUGCUCAAACAGAUAAAGACUACAAGGAGCCACCACCAGCUCCUCUGUUUGAGCCUGGAGAGCUGCAGUCUUGGUCCUUUUACAGGGCUGGGAUUGCUGAAUUCAUGGCCACUUUCUUGUUCUUGUACAUCACUAUCUUGACAGUGAUGGGGGUUGGCAGAUCAAGCAGCAAGUGUGCCUCUGUGGGUAUUCAGGGGAUUGCUUGGGCUUUUGGAGGCAUGAUUUUUGCUCUUGUCUACUGCACUGCUGGGAUCUCAGGAGGGCACAUCAACCCAGCUGUGACCUUUGGUUUGUUCCUGGCAAGGAAGCUUUCCUUGACCAGAGCUGUGUUCUACAUGGUGAUGCAGUGCCUUGGAGCCAUCUGUGGAGCUGGAGUGGUCAAAGGUUUCAUGAAAGGACCAUAUGAGAGGCUUAAUGGUGGAGCCAACUUUGUGAACCAUGGCUACACCAAGGGUGAUGGCCUUGGUGCUGAGAUUGUUGGCACCUUUAUUCUUGUCUACACCGUCUUCUCGGCUACUGAUGCCAAGGGAAGCGCCAGAGACUCGCACGUCCCGAUAUUGGCUCCUCUUCCCAUUGGAUUCGCCGUUUUUCUUGUUCAUUUGGCCACCAUCCCCAUCACCGGAACCGGCAUCAACCCUGCUCGGAGUCUUGGAGCUGCCAUCAUAUACAACAGAGAUCACGCAUGGGACGACCAUUGGAUCUUUUGGGUCGGACCCUUCAUCGGAGCUGCUCUCGCUGCCGUUUACCACCAGAUAAUCAUCAGAGCCAUUCCUUUCAAGAGCAGGGAAUGCUGAUCCACAGCAUCCUAAUGCCUUAUGUUUUUUCUUUGUGAAGUGUUGUUCUCCUCUCUGUUUGUGUUUGUGUUGGAACUGUCGUAUCUGUGUGUAAAUUAUGAGGGAUGUGUAUUUAUGGUGGUUGUGUCUUAUGAAUGAAAUAUUUUACCCUUUA